AGCCGGAUGACUUGAGUUCAAUCACUGGACACGAAUAGUGGAAGACACUGGUUUCCAUGAGCUCCAGCCUUCACGUGCACGUGGCCACACACAUAUAAGUAAAUAAAUGAGUAAAUAAUUUAAAUGUUUAUUUAAAUAAUAAAACAGGGAGACAUGAUGUCACUGUCUACAAAAGCAAUCACACAAGGCAAGUCAAGACAGACCACGGACAAUGAACAGGAUCUUCCCACGGAGCAUCAGGACCUCUGGCUCGGGCCUCCGUGUCCUGAAACUCUCACUACGUGCCCCAGGCUGAUCACAAAUUUGGCAAUCCUCCUGCCUCAUAAGUGCUGGGAUUAAAGGCAUAAACCCCCAAGCCUUCUGGCUUAUUUUACUUCAAACUUCACACAAAGUUGUCCAGGCAGCUUCUGGCUUUGGCAUCCUAAGUUGAUGUGGUGACAGACUGGAGGGUUUCUGUUUUCUAUGCUGUCCUAGAAAGCAAGAGUCAGGACUGGGGAGCGAUGGUCCCAGACACUGCAGCAGCAGGAUCAGGAGUUCAAGGUCAUCCUUGGACACAGAAAGAGCUCAAGGCCAGCCUAGGCUAGCAGAGAACCUGUCUUCCUUCCCAGAACUCUGGGUGUAGUGAUGUCACAGAGGUCACCACAGCUGAGGAGCCCAGGGGGAGCUGGGUGGCACUCGGGGGAGGGGAAGGAUGUGUCUCCCCCCGCCCAACCUCCCAUGUCUGUGGUGAAGUCCAUCGAGGUAGUGCUGCCCAAAGAUACAGUCUACCUGGCCGGCUCGAACAUAGACGGGCAGGUGGUCCUCACCCUCAACAGUACCCUUGUGGACCCUGUUGUGAAAGUAGAGCUCGUCGGUAGGGGUUACGUUGAAUGGAAUGAAGAAAUUGGAGAGACCCGUGAUUAUAGCAGAGAUGUUAUUUGCAAUAAUAAGGCAGAUUACGUACAUAAAACAAAGACAUUCCCAAUAAAAGAUAAUUGGUUAAGGGCAGGCAGCCACACCUUUGACUUCCAUUUCAACUUACCUCCCAGGCUUCCAUCCACAUUCAACAGCAAGAUCGGCCACGUCUCCUACUUUGUGCAGGCCCUGUGCAUGGGCCGAGAGCAUAUCCUGGCCAAGAAGAGGCUGUACUUACUAGUCCAAGGGAUUUCUGAAUUCCGCCAGCGGAACCUCACCCAGAACCCCAUAUUGGUGGAAGUGGAGAAGAAGGUAUCUUACAGCUGCUGUAGCCAGGGCUGGGUGAGGCUGCAGGUGCAGAUGGUCAAGAACACCUUCGUGCCGGGUGAGAAUGUGACAUUCACGACGGAGAUCCGCAACAACACAGGCAAGUAUAUCAAGACGGUGGUGUUUGCCCUCUACGCCCACGUGCAGUACGAGGGCUUCACGCCCAAUGCCGAGCGGCGCCAGCGGGCGGACAGCAGUGAGCUGCUGCGACAGGUAGCCAACGCUCACAUCCCAGCCUUCAACAGCACCACAGUGGUCAGUGCCUUCACCCUGCCACUGGUAUUGUCCGUGAGCAACUGCUCCCAGGAGAACGAGAUCAUGCAAACGAGCUAUGAGCUAGUCGUCACUAUCCACCUCCCCUGGUCCUUGUCCACCGUCAAAGCCCGGCUCCCCAUCAUCAUCACCAGCAGGAGGGAAGACCAGGACAGCUGCCCCCAGGUGGUUGAGUCACCAAAUGAGGACCAACUGGUUUGAAUGCCUGAACUUUAAUAUUAAAAGCCUAUUGUAACUCUAAGCGAGCUGCUUGUCUGCUGGGCCUGGGGCUAGCAGGGCAGGUACAAUGCCCUGGGCUCUAUCCCAGAUACCACACAAUCCUGGUGUGAGGGCGUGCACCUGUCACCUGGCACUCAGGAGCUGGAGGAACAGGAAUUCAAGGGCAGCCUCUGCUACCUAGCGAGCUCCAGGCUAGCCUGGGUUAUGUGAGACCCAGUCUGAAGGGAACAGACGUGUCUCUUAAGUCUUGCCAGAGCAGUCACUGUGGGCCAAGUUCCCAUGGGUUAAGUAUCUACCUCUAAACAGAGGUCUCCAAAGCCAGGCAUGGUGGCACACUGUCCCAGCACUGGGGAGGCUGAGAGGUUUGAGGUCAUUCCGAUUAUAUAUUACAUUGUCAGCAAUGCCUGGGCUCUGUGAGACUCUGUCAGUGCUAUGCCAUACUGCCAUUAGCAACCUAGUGAAUGCUUUUUGGAACAUUCCAUCCAGCUCUGCAACUUUCACAGGGAGACUCCUUCCCCCUCCACCCCUGAGACUCAGUGACUCACACAGGCAAGCGUUGCGGACACUUCCUGUGUGGUGACUGACGACACUCACCAUGCCAGGUGGGCCAAUGGGAGAAGGCAGCUGGGGCCACCAGGUUUCCUGUCCUCCGCGGAAGGGCCCCUCAUUCUUCCUGGUUCCCAACCCCAAAAUAACCCCCCUCCCAGAAACCUAAGCCACUCACACAGCUGCAAGCUCUGGGGGGAGCAGUGACUGUAGCUGCCCCCGGAGGACCAUCCACACUGCAAGCCCCAGCCACCAGUGAAGUGACCAGUCUCCCCACCACCUAGGACUGGUGGGAGGAGCCCACUUAUCUUGUCAAUUAGAAGGACUUAAGGAUGUCCCCCCAGGUCAAGGCAACACCUCCGUGUUCACUUAUUCAGUUUCAAAGUGGUCACCAGGACAGCAGCCCCCAGUCUCCACCCAGGAGACAGCAGGAACAGCUUGUCCCCACUGGCGUGACAACAUGACUAGGAUGUCCUGGACUCUGGCAGUGCUCUGAGUAGCCCGCUUGGCCACCAUGAGCCAGGCUGCCCUCUCUGGGACCUGUGGCCCCUGAGGGAUUGGGUUACAGGCCCCACAGGGCACAGCCCUUGGGCCAGCCAAAAUAUUUAUAAAGUGAAGCCUGCCCACUGGGCCCGCUUGCUUUAAAGUCGCCUCAGGAGCCACCAGGCAGCCUGCACGGUCUGUCUCAGAGCCCAGAGAAACAAGGAACCAAGGAUUUUAGUGGCUGCCUCUCACAGGAGCUGGAGUGCCAGAAUGUGGUGGACAAAGGAGACACAGGGGGUCUGGAAGAAGCUGGGACAGCCUGGUGGGCCAAGGUCUCAGAGCUGUGCCCCUCCCCCAAGCCUGCCACCACCCAGCCUCUCACAGGGGACAGCGGGCAGCUGGCGCCAUGAGGCCCAGGGGGCGGGGACAGCCGGGGCCUGCGUGUUAAAUGUCCCCCAGCUGCCUGUGGUGAGGGGCAGCGUAAAACCCUGGCCACACAGGCCACAGAGUAGAUAUGGACAGAGGCUGGCCAUCAGGUGCUGAGUAAAAGCAAGGACUUGUGGCUAUAAUGUGUCCUCCAAAGAGUGGGGACACGGGGACAUCAGGGCUCAGCUACUGCAGACAGACAGAGUGGGGACACGGGGACGUCAGGCUCAGCCACUGCAGACAGAGUGGGGACAUGGGGGCGUCAGGGCUCAGACACUGCAGACAGACAGAAUGGGGACACGGGGACGUCAGGCUCAGCCACUGCAUACAGAGUGGGGACAUGGGGGCGUCAGGGCUCAGACACUGCAGACAGAGUGGGGACAUGGGGGCAUCAGGGCUCAGACACUGCAGACAGACAGAGUGGGGACGUCAGGCUCAGCCACUGCAGACAGACAGAGUGGGGACCUCAGGCUCAGCCACUGCAGACAGACAGAGUGGGGACACGGGGACGUCAGGGCUCAGACACUGCAGACAGACAGAGUGGGGACACGGGGACGUCAG